AUGGAUCAGAAGAAGCUACGUAUUGCCAGCCUGGGCAGCUCAUUUGCUGCCGGGCCCGACAUUCCCCCACAAAUCAAGCCUCUUGCCGCUAUGCGAUCAGGACAAAAUUAUCCUCACUUGCUGGCUCAACGAUUAAACGCCGAACUCACCGAUCUUUCAGUCUCUGGCGCAACUCUGCUCAACAUUACGGUCGAACCCCAAUCCGCUCCAUUCUCCGAAGAUGUGUUUCCGCCACAACUAUCGAACCUACCCAGAGACGCGGAUAUUAUUACUGUCACUGCAGGAGGAAACGACAUAAACUACAUUGGAGGCAUGAUUUCAGAUGCUUGCGGUGCGACGAUGCAACUACCAGACCCCUUGACGCUUGAUGGACUGGCACAAAGAUUAGGUGGAGUUCUCGAUGAAGUACACAAACAGGCUCCAAACGCUCGCAUUUACCUUGUUGAAUACCUCGCUAUUCUGGGACCCGACACACGACCUGAUCAGGAUGUUCCCUUCGACCAGGAAAGGAUCGCACACCACAGUAGAGUUGCGUCUCUCCUUCAACAUGCAUAUUUGGCUGCAACUGAAAGUAGAUGUGAUUGGUGCGAAAGAGUCCCAAUUCAUGAUCUUAGCCUGGGACACGCACUUGGGAGCAAAGAACCCUGGGUCGGAGGGUUUGACGGCGGACCACUCCUUCACCCGAACCUUGACGGUAUGAAGGCAGUAGCAGAUGUCUUAUUCGAGAGGAUCCAGAGAGACUCAAAUAAACCAUUGCUCUGA